GAAGCACGGCAGCGUAUUUCCGGAAGUAACACGAGAGCUGUACACACUCGUGUUUCUUGAUAUAGAAAGAUAAUUGUACCCGCUAUUUACCGGGAAGAGGUUUCAGAACAUUACUGCUAGAAGGAUCUAAGAACCGAGCUAUCGUUAGGUGAUCUGUGUUUUCUCCAGGUGUAAAUCAUACACAGCCCAUUUGUCCGAGUGCUAACACGCAGCUGUCUGACUGCUGAUGAUGGACGACUUGGAGGGAGAGCUGGGACUUGUUGAAGACUUGGAGGAUGACAACGACUCUUCAGACAACACGUCUUCAAGAGGAGGGAAAAAAUCCAGGUUUCCACCGGUUAAUCUCAUGUGUGUAGAAACAUCGAAGGAAACUGGGUUCCACCAGAGCACCAGGUUUUGUCUGGAGCACAUCAGAGAAGCCAUGCUGCAUCAUAGAUGGCAAGAGGCAGCAGAGUAUAUGGCGUGUUACCCCCAAAUGUUCGAAGACACAACUGUCAGCUCCACAAAGCACUAUAAAGAGGUUAUAUGGAGACUCAGCACUGAGAUCCUUCACCAUCACCACAAUACAAAGAUGGAAGACUACAACCACAUCUAUGAACGAAUAAAACAUUCAGGAGUCAAACAUUACCUGAUGAUCAGUCUGGAACACUCCUUCCACUUACUGCUCCAUGGCCACAUUGAAGAUGCAAAGCGUCACCUGUUGGCUGCUGAAAGUUGGAGGUACGGGAAGGAGUCAGCAGCCCAGUAUCAGAAGAUGAAGCUGAUCCAGGCCUACAGGAGCCUGCUAGAUUAUAUCAUCUGGUGUGACAAGAAGUUCACACUCUCUGGUGACAACUUUAACGACCCUGUUGGCAACCAGGAGAUGCAGAACUAUUACCGACAGGCUUCUGUGAAUCUGAAGGAGAUUUUGAAAAAUCCUGGAGUCUGGGAUCCAUUUAUAUUGAGUUAUGUUGAGAUGCUGGAGUUCUAUGAGGAUCACUCUGAGGCUCUGAAUGUCCUGAACGACUACGCAUAUGACAACAACUUUCCUCCUAAUCCCAAUGCACAUGUCUUUCUGUACCAGUACCUGAAGCGACACGAUGCUCCGGAGAAGAAACUGAUCAAAGUGUUGAAGGUCCUCCAUGUAUCAGUCCCCAGCCAUGAGUUGAUGUUGGAGUACAGCUCUCUCCUGCUUCAGUCAGAGAAAAACAGUCAUAUCCACAAAGCUGUCGAAGUCGUUCUGGAAAUGCUGGAUUUCGCCUGCUGGAGGAGCGACCUGGACGUGUGGAAGUGUUUAAAAGCCGUUAUUCAGAAAUUAGAGUUACAAGAAGACUGGAGGAAGGUGGUCCUUGAAAAAAUGGAGGUAAGAAAAGACUGGUGGCCGGUGCUCCACUUCACGAGCCACCACGCCAGAAAAGACUCAGAGGAGAACCCAGAGCUGAUGGAGGUGAAGGCAUCACUAAAGGAAGUCCUCUGCCCGGAUAUAACUCUGAAGUACGCCGCUGCAGGGGUAAACAGUUGAGAGUGGACCUGAGAGAAGAGCACAGAGAAAAUAUUGAAUUGUGUCAAUUCACAAACGAGCCUGAGAUGCUUUCGGGAAUAUUCAGAAAACACAGACAAAUGUUUUGAUGAAGAAGAAGAAAAAGAAGAAGAAGAGUCUUCAUGUUGUGUAAAAAAACAUUUUUGAUCAAGAUUCAUUUUCUAUUUGGUGAUAAAUAUGAAACAGAUAAACACACAUCUCGAGGAUGAACCUCUGUAUUUUAAAAAACUUUUUUUUUUUUUUUACAUUGUUCCCUCAUUUGUCAUGUAUGAGCUUUAUCAUGAAAGCACAAGCCACACCGUCCACCAGGUGGCGCCAUUGUUCUGUGGAUGUGUGCACUGUGUCUGGAGGGUAUGACCAUCUGAUUUUGACAGAAACUGAGUGCUGCGCUGAAUCAGUGUUCACGCUCGCUCUCAUGGUUUCUGUAAACAUCUUAAUGAGAGCUGAGUCUCGCUCAGGCCUCCACUGACCUUUGACCACUGUGUGUGGGGGGGUUUAAGGUCAUUAGUGAGCGAGCGCCACACCAAGCCUGAGGGAUCCUCUCUCUGUCAACUCCACUGUCACGUCAGAACAAUACAAAGAACCUUCAGCGAUAUCAUUUGCAGCAGGGAAAGUCCUUGGGGGCGACCAAUGACAAGUGUCUCCCGUGAAUAGCUUUAAAAUGUUUUCUGUAACAUUAAUCAUUCCUCGAUUAAUGCGAGUGGUGCCCUCUGGAAAAGAUAAGCUGGAAUUUUUUUGCACAGAAACACUAUAUCAAUCACUGUCAGGCCUUCAUUUCACAAUGCAGCGUCUCUUGUAGUAAAGGGACUCGUACGCUUUGAGGCCGUCUAUUCAAAAAUGAGGAGAUAUGUUUGUACUGAGAAUGUUUCCAAUGGCUCGACAGGAUCCUUGGCCUUCAGAUGCUGCGCUUUGCUCUCCUCCUUUUGUACCGAACCAUGAAAUAAAUCUCGCAUCCAGCAGCAUGCCAAUUUAA